AUGUCAUUAAGUUUAAGUGAUUUCAUCAAUCAAUCAUUGGAUAAAAUAAAAAAAGCAAUUACUAAAAAAUAGUUUGAAUUGAAAUAAUCAAUUGAAGAGGUCUAAUGUAAUUUAUAAUAGUUAUUAAAAAGAGCUUAAAGAUUGUUUUGAUGCUAAUCAUUUAAUAAAAGUGUAUUAAUAAUGCAUAGAAUCAAAAUAGGUAAAAUUGAUAGAGUUUGCAUUGUUUGAUUUAAAAGUAUUAAAUGUAUUAAGAAUAGAAUUUAGUAGAAUAAGGUUUUAUAGCUGGAGAAUAAUAAUUAGGAGAUAAAAGGGCAAUAGAAGUGAUUUUAGAUAUAGUUAUCUCAUGUCAAUAGGAAAAAGAGGAAACAGUGUAAAUACAUAUGAUUAAAACAAUACAAGCAAUUAUGACUAAUAGAAAACUUCAUAUAUAUGGAGAAUAGACAACUAAAGUAUUUUAAUUGUUAAUCAAUUUACAUUCAGGUAUAUGAAUUAUUAAACUUUUAGUUUCUAAAAUUUCAAUUAUAGUAAAUACUAGUAAAGAAGCAUGUUAGAAAAUAGUCAGUACAUAUUUCUAAAGAUUGGAAGAUUUUGGAAUUUUAACAGAAGAAGAAUUUCAAUAAGCAAUUUAGAAAUAAGGAAAUCAAGGAUCAUUGGUAUUAGGUAAAUGUAGAGCAAUGGUUAAUGCUGAAUAAUAUAUGAGAUCACUUAUGACAUCAUUAGUGGAUGAAGUUUAGAUAUAUACAGAAAGAAAAUAAAUAUAUGAUAGACAAUUAGAAGAUCUAAGUUAAAUGAAAGUUAUUGAUUUAAAUUUACAUGAACCUAAUUUACGUAAUGUAACAGUUGAAAAAAACUAGAUCUAAGUUUAAGUUACCAAUGAACAAAAUAUAAAAAAUGGAAAAUUUGGAUGGUGUGUAGUAUGUAGAAAAUAAGCAUCACAAUAUUGUAAAGACACUAAAGUAGCUGUUUGUAGUAAGGAAUGCAAAUUCAUACAUCUCAAUUAGAUGUCCAAUUUCUCUUAAUGUUAUCAACAUUCCAAUAAUAGUGAAUUAUACUGUAAAGAUGCUUUUGAUAUUAUGGACAUGUUAUGCUAAUUAAGUUAAAAAGACAAUAUGAAUCCAUAAUUACACUAAAUUAUUAUUAAGUGUAAAAUCCUUUCACUUGAAUUAAUCUAUGAAGCCUUAGUAUAAAGUGAUACUAUUUUAUAAAAUAAGCCAAAAUUAAUUUAAAUCUUAAAAGAAUAAUUAUUAGAAUCUCUUUUAAAGAACUCUCUCUCCACAGAGAAACAACUACUUAUUUUGACUCUUAAUAUCUUUAUACAAUUAAUUUGGAAGGUAAGAAGUCAUCUUAAAAAAGAAUUAGAAGCCUUAAUUGAAAAUGUUUAUUUUAAAUUUUUAGAUAGUAGCAACAGUUCCUUUGAUCAUAAAUAAUAUACACUUAAAGUUUUUAAUAAAAUUAUGACCAAACCAAAAGUUGUUAUCGAAAUCUUUGUUAAUUAUGAUUGUUCAUUAGGAUAAAACAAUCUUCUUAAAAAGAUUUUAGAUAUGUAAUGCAGAAUCAUCUAAGGUAGAUUUAGUAAAUAAGAAUUUUAAGCUUCAAUUUCUUAAAAUUAAGAAACAUACUUAAAAUCCUUAUGUUUAGAUAACUAUUAUGGUUAUAUCAAAUGUCUUAAAGAAUUUUGUGAAUAGAAUGAAGAUCAAUAAAAUUUUAUAUAAGUCUAAUAACUUGAAGAUUAAGAAGAUACAACCAUUCAAUAAUAAUAAUUAUCACAAGAUCCAUUAGAGAAAUAAAAAUAAAUGAAAUUAGAAAUGAAUAAAGCAGUAGACAAGUUUAAUUUCAAACCUGAACAUUGUAUAAAACAUUUAAUUGCUUGUUAAUUUAUGGAAACUAGAGAUGCUAAAUUAUUUGCUUAAUUUCUAUGGGAAAAUCGAGAUUUAAACAAAGAUAAAUUAGGUGAAUUAUUUGGUUGUUCAAGUGAAUUCAAUUAAUAAGUAUUUCAACAAUAUAUUGAUUUUAUGAAUUUUAAGGAUUUAUAAAUAGAUGAAGGUUUAAGAUAUAUGCUUGAAUUUUUCACAUUACCUGGAGAAUCUUAAUAAAUUGAUAGAAUUAUGGAAAAGUUUGCCUCUAAAUAUUGUAUAGAUAAUCCUGGAAUUUAUUAAUCUGCUUAAGCUGCUUAUACACUUUCCUAUUUAUUAAUGAUGUUAUAAACAGAUUUACAUAAUGAAAAAAACUUAGAUAAAAUGACAGUUCCUUAAUUUAUUAAUUUAGCAAAAGGUAUUAAUGAUGGCGAGAAUCUUGCAUAAGAUUUAUUACUUGGAUUUUAUUAAAGAAUCUAAAAAACACCUCUUGCUUUACAUGCUAAAGAAUAAGCUAAGAGAGCACUAGAAUAGGCUAAUUAAGUAGAUUAAAGAAAGAGACAUGCAAUGUUGGCAAAAGAAGCUGAAGAAUCAUUAAAAAAAUGGUUUAAAGAACAUUCAAAUUAAGAUGCUUAUUUUUAUGCUAAUUCAAUUGAUCAUGUUAAAUCAUUAUUAUAAUAAACUUGGAGUGCUAUUUUUGCUUCAAUUAGUGUAUUUUUAGAAUAGACUGAAGAUUAACAAUAAAUUUAGUUAUGUUUUGAAACUAUUCAAUCUUUCAUUUAAUUGAUGGGUAGAUUUGACUUAGAUGAAGAAAAAGAUACUUUCAUUAGUUUCUUAUAAAGGUAUUGUACAGGUAUCCCAAAUUCAUAUAGAUAAAUAUUGGGUGUUUAAGCCUUAAUAAAAACAACUAUCUAAUCUGGGUAAUAUUUACGUAAAAGUUGGAAAAUUGCUUUACAAUUAGUUUCAAAGUUAGAAACUUUGCAUUAAGUUGUUAAAAAAAUAAAAGUGGACAGUCCUUAAAAGGAAAGUUAUAAUUAAGAAGAUAUUCAAAAUAUUGAAAGAUUAUUUUAAUCUAUAUCAUAUGAUUAAAUUGAUAAGAUAUUCAAUUUAUCUAUUAAUUUAGAUUCAAAUUCAAUUUUAGAAUUUAUUAGAGCCUUGUGUGAAUUAUCAAAAGAAGAAAUAAAACAAAAUAGAACAUUUUUAUUAAGCAGAAUGAUUGAAGUUGCUGAUUUUAACAUGAAUAGAAUUAAAAUUAUUUGGUCAAAAAUGUGGGAAAUAAUGAGAGAACAUUUUUUAGAAGUUGGAUGCCAUAAAAAUGUUGAUUUAGCAAUUUAUGCUAUAGAUUAAUUAAAAUAACUUAGUUGCAAGUUUUUACAAUAGCCUGAAUUAGCAAAUUAUCAUUUCUAAAAGGAAUUUCUAAUGCCUUUUGAAUAGAUUUUCAGUCAUAGUCAAGCUCAAUAAUAAUAUAAAAUUUAAUUAAGAGAAUAUUUAUUAUCAUGCAUGUGUAUGAUAACUAAUGUUUGUUUUAAUUCAUUAAAAAGUGGGUGGAAAAUUAUUAUGAGUAUUGUAAAUUAAGCUCUUUAAGAAGAUUAAUAAUAACUUAUAAGAUUAUGUGUUUAGAUAACUGAUAAAAUAAUGGAAGAUGUUAAUAAUUAAUAAGUUAAUCAAGAAAUUUAUAUGGAAUUAAUUUAAGCAUUAAUAAAAUUAACUAAAAAUAAAGACAUAAACAUAGUUGAUAAUGCUAUUAAAUAAUUAAAAUCAUUAGUUGAUCAUAUAGCUUUAAUAAAAAAAAAUGAUAAUAAAUUCUUGGAUUCUUUGUGGAUUCCUGUCUUGUCAUCAUUAUCUAUUUUAUAUAGUGAUGAGAGAGUUGCUGUUUAAUAAUUAAGUGCUUAAACUCUAUUUGAUUUACUUUAAAAACAUGGCGUUAAUUAAUCUAAUGAAUUUUGGAAAAUGAUAUUGAGAGGAGUUAUAAGACCAUUAUUCGAUGAAAUACAAUUUUCAAAAUUAUAAUAUACAAAAUAAUAAUAAUAAUCCAAGAAAUAUAUUAAUUCAACAUGCAAAAUCACCUUUUAAUUAUUUACAGAUUUGGUAAUAUCGCAUAUUUAAUAAAUGUAACUUUGUUUGAAUGAUUUAAUUGAAAUAUAUAUUCAAUUGGUUUUAUAAACUCAAGAUGUAAAAAUUAAUAUUAUUUAUAGCACAUUUCUAUCUUAUGUCUUUAAUCACUAAAAAAGAUAAUAUAAAAUGCUGGUUAGUCAUUUAAAGAAGAUAAUUGGAAUAUGUUAAUAGAAUAGAUUCAACAUUUAUUAUAACAAUGUUCUCCAACAGAAUUAUUUGAGGCAUUUAAUUUAGAUGAAGAUUUUUAAAAACCUUUAGAAGAACUAUUAAAGGAAGAGAUAAAACCAAAAAAAUUGAGUUUUAAAAUAAAUUCAUCAGAAUGUUCAUCGAAAUAAUCAAUUCAAGAAAAAUGUUUGGAAAUUUUAGAAGUUUAAGUGACUUAAUUUAAAGAUUAGAUAACUUAACAAAAUAAAUAAAUAAUUUUGUAAGUGUUUUAGGAAUAGUAUUAAAAAUGUAGAAAAUUUAACACUAAUUUAUAUAUGAGAUAUUUUUUAGAAUAAUGGACUGGAUAAUGGAAUUCUGUAAAGAGAAAUUCUUAAGAUUUUGAUGAUUUAGAUAACAAUUUCACAAGUUAAAGCAAACAGUUAAAUUUUAUAAAUAUUGAAUUUUUAUCAGCUAAAGUGAUAGUUUCUCUGAGUAAUGACCCUUUGUCUUUUAUUGAAUCAUUAAUAUAAAGAUUUCUUGAUGCUUAUCAUGGAUUUUCAUAACCAUUGCAUAGAUAAGAUACAUUAAAUGGUAAUUUAGAAUAAUUAAGACAUCUUGAAUCUUAAAUUGUCAUUAGUAGAUUUCAUAUAUUAUUUAUGGAAACUGUAUUCCCAUAAUUAAAAUAGAAUUUGAAAUCCAAAGUUGUUAGCAAAUGGCUUAUUUAAUUAUUAAAAGCUGGACUCAAUGUUUCAGGGGUUGAAAAUAAAGAAUACAAUUAAGUUUUAGUAUAAUUAUUGGAGGAAAUUAUAAAUUGUGAGAAUAAUGUAUUUUGAAUCUAUG